UCAGUCUAAGGAGCGAGGUGAGCCGCAGCAGCUUACCUGUCCUCCAUUUCUCAUUCAAUCGUUAUAUUUUGUUGUGACCUGAUCCAAUGGAGGCAGCGGUUCUGAACCAUGCCAUGAUGCAGGACGUGGACUGCAACAGCAACACUGUGGACGCCGAGCUGGAGGUGAAGAAACUGCAGCAGCUGGUCCGAAAGCUGGAGCGGCAAAACGAGCAGCUCAGGACCCGAGCGAGUAGCUGCUCGGGGCCGCAUGUGCUGCCUCCGUCCCCGGGGAGCAUCCUCGCCGGCACCGGAGGGUUCUGCCUCCCCAGCCCGGUGCCCAUCCUGCUGUGUGAGUCGUCCUUGGGGUCUUCCCUUGAGGAGCCUUUCGACUAUUUCCACCCGCACUCCAGUGGGUAUGGAGCGGCUGAGGACGGAUCCGAAACGUCGGUUCUGGACGAGCUGGAACUUUUGGAUUUCGAUUCUCUGUGCUGCUCAGACGAGUCCGACGAAACCUGGUUGUAUGUGUCCUCAAAAGCCAGAGAGUGCUCCGAUAACUCCCUCUCAGCUCUGCAGUGGUGCCGGCAGGCCCUGGAAUCUCCCAAAUCGGAGGUGGAGGCCGCCCGGAGAUCGUUGUCCCUCAGACUGGAACAAGUCUCCAGGUGGCGUAGCUCCCUAUCCAGCCCCUCUCCCACCUCCUCCCCCGGCCUUCCUCUGAAUCGAGUAGCCGGCGUGUCCCCCCUCACGUCCUCCCCUUGUGCCAAACCCUGCUCCACCUUCCAGUCGUCUGAAAGACACGUUUCCUCCCUCUCUUCCCCGCUACUCCACCGGACGCUGAGUCCUGUAGGGAAGGAUUUUUCCCCCGUUUCUGAGAGGACUCCCACGUUCCUCCCCACGCAGCGCAAAGGCCGCAGCCUCCGGCGCUGUGCUCUCAGCCCGCAGUCAUCCAUGGACAGUGACCUUGGCUCUUCAGAGUUGGAGGACGACUCCAUCUCUCUGGGAUACAAACUGCAAGACCUCACCGACGUCCAGGUUAUGGCCCGCCUGCAGGAGGAGAGUCUAAGACAGGACUACGCCAGCACGUCGUCCAUCCUGGGCCCCCGCCGCAGCCAGAGCUUCACCUUCCAGCUCAGCCAGCUCAGCGCCGGGCUCGGCCUGGAGGAGGAAGACGAGGAGGAGGACGACGAAGACUACGGCCUCCUGCCCCCGCCGCAGCCGCGCCUCACCCGCCUGCCGCACUCGCACACUUUUUCCAGCAUCCGAGACUGGCGAAGAAGUACCAGCUCCCUGUCCACCCCGCCUUCCACCCCCUCCACCCCUCCUCACCUCUCCGCAGGGUUCGCCUUCCAGCCUCAGCUCCACACCCAGCCCGAGCUGCACGGCUUCCGGCCCGGAUCAGCCGAAUAUGAGAAUUUUCUGCGCAGGAGCAUGCCUAACCUCGUCCGAGCUCCCAGCAUGCCCAGUGUGCCCAUUCCAACCAAUCCUAGCGCUUCCCUUUGCUUGCUUCGAAACAGCCAGAGUUUUGAUUCGUCCAGCGGGCUAGCUCGCCUGCAGUCCUCCAUCCCCUCCCCAGGCCAGCUGCAGAACCGAGUCCAGAGCGUCGGGAACUUCUCCUCCAUGUCCCGGCAGACUCUAAAGGCCACCGCCUACGUCAGUCCCACCAUCAAGGGCUCCAUGCCGGCCUCUACCAGCCUCCACUCUCUGAACAGCAGCGGAGGAAGUGGCGGGGUGGGGACUGGCAUCCCUAUAAGCUGUAAAGCUCAAAGUGGAGGGGGGGCAGCCCCUUCCACCUCGCACACGCCCCGCAGCAGCCUGCCUCGGCCUGCCUCCUUUGUCAGCACAUCAAGCUCCACCCCUCGCAGCAAGGCGGCCCAAUCAGCACGAAGUUUACUGACACCUCCAAAGAGCUUGUCCACCUUCAGUGCCCUCCGCGAUAGCAACUGGAGAGACGGCUGCUACUGAGGAAGAGGAGCCGCCGUGCAGUGGAGGCCCCGCUGGCUGGGGUCACUCGCUUAACCAUUCUUCCAUUUGAACGGGUUUGACCAAAAAGUAACCUUGAAUUCUGCAUAAAUCCUGCAUAGAGAAGUGACCAAAGCUAUCUCUCCUGUCAUCCAUUUGAAUUCUAUGCAGAAUUCCUUAGGGGAAGGCCGGUUUUCUGGAUCUGACUGAAUAAAUGUCGGGUCUGAUUUUUGUCGGUGUGUGCCAAGUUGUUCCCUGACGCUCUUGUGCAAUAAACCCCUGGCUGUGGGGUACUAACCGCUGAAGAGGGCUGCCAGUUCUUAUGAAGUGAUCCUUACAAUACUGUAUUUAUUUCUAUAUUUAUUUUGAAGGACAUUUCUGACUAAUCAGGUGCUUUCCCUCUGGCAACAUGCGCCAAAGAUGCUGCUAAAAAUGAAUCUUGGUUUGGGCACAUUUGGUCGAAUUUUUAUUAAAGUAUGUAUUCAUGUACAAAUCUAACUAUUAAGUGUGCUAAUUAUAUAAAUAUAUAUUGAUGCAAUAUUUAAAUGUGACCAAAAGGAAAGAAUGUGUUUACAAUAAUUGUCUCACAAUAGAAUCACAAAUCGGUGCAUAACACUUUAAAUCAUUUUAACGCCCUUUAAAGGGAUUUGUUCUUGUUGCACUUUCUACUAAAUUUUCUCUUUACUAAUAAUUGCACUUUCUUUUGCAUUUGAUAUUCUGAAUUUAUAGGACAAACUGUUAAUUAAAUGUGGUUUUUUUUGGGCUUUCACAGUUAUACACGGCGUAAUGUAGCACCUUUUUUUUGUUUGUAAUGUGUUUUUAAAUGACCGUCACCAUGGCACAUUCCACAAAAACCUGAAACUUUUGUUACUGUGAACUGAACUGAAUGAAACAUUUUAAUAAAAC